AUGAUUCAGAUUGUAGCCCCAUCGGAUGAAUUGCGAGAAAUGACUUUAUUAGAAAUGCAAGGGAAAGUUUCUAUUCCUCCCAAAGUUCUCCAGCAGGCACGUGAGCAACAACGAGAAAAGGAAGAAGAACAGAAACUUCUUUCUGGAGUAAAACACCCACGUAAUGAAGAGACGGUAUUGGAAUUACCACUUGGUUCUGUGGAGAAUGACUCCCGCAAUGAGAAGCGCUGCUCUCUACACAUUGGAACACUAGUGGUGGAUGGAAGUCAAGGAAAGUACAGAGAACCACUCCUCGUAUUAAGAAGAAGGGAUGAAAAGAAGCGAGAACAAGGAUCAAGUAAUAAUAAUAAUAAUAAUAAUAAUAAUAAUAAUAAUAAUAAUAAUAAUAAUAAUAAUAGGAAUAAUGAUGUGGAGAAACCUUCUUCUUUUUCUUCAAUAUCCAUUCAACCCUUAUCAACAACAGCAACAACAAAGACAUCAUCAUCAUCAUCUAUUUGUUUGUUGGAGGAUUGGUUGAAAGAUCACCCAGAGGAACUCACAUUAGAUGCCGCUGCUGCUGCUAAUAAUAAUAAUAAUAAUAAUAAUAAUAAUAAUAAUAAUAAUAAUGAGAAUGAUAAGGACGGUAAUGCCAAUAAAGUGCCGAGGAAAGUAUAUGAGUUAGUGGGUAUUGUGGAACGCUAUGUGCUUUUAAAUUCCAAACCAAUGCGAACUUUUUCUUAA